CAGCCUCAAAGGUGUUAUUGAUUAAUUCAUACUGUCGUUUUUUCCCCUUUGCUUUAGAUCGGAUUGUCUUAUCCAAUUAACAGCAGACUUUCUGGUGUGACGUCGGAUUUGGAAAUAAGAUGUUAUGUCCGAUCACGGACGUAGCAUUCGCGAGCCGGCGAAGUUAACAGACGCAUUGCCGUCUCUCGUUCUUUUUUUCUCCGGGGAUACGAUGAGGUGACACAAACAUCUCACUCCUAUACGUCAGACCUCGAUUUUUUGGUUGCUUUUGACACCGUUGGAAGUUUCAAAGAUUUCUCCCUUAUUGCGGGGUAUAUAUCCAGUAUACCCAGCUUCAAGAAUUAUCAACUAUCCAUCUUAUUGCUCAUCGUCUCGAUUACAAUAGCAAUAAUCACUCAAGAAAGAAAGAAAGAAAUUAUUCGAAUUAUCAACUUCGGUUUUCACUAUGUCUACAAUUCAAGUUUACCAGGCCACCAAGGUCGGCGGGCCUUUCCAGCUAAUCACGGCACCCAAGCCCAAGCCAGGUGCUGGUGAAGUCACUAUCCGACCGAAGGCUGUUGCAAUCAACGGCAUUGACUGGAAGAACAUCACUUUCGGCGCCACAAUCCAAUCCUGGCCCGCUGUCCUUGGCAUUGACGGCGCUGGCACGAUCGAGGAAGUCGGCGAGGGCGUCACAGACUUCAAGGCCGGCGACGAAGUCCUCAGCUACGCCCCUGGUAUCGAGGGCAAGGGCACAUGGCAGGAGAUAUUUGUUGCCCAGACGAACGAUGUUGCCAAGAAGCCGUCUUACCUGAGCGUUGAAGAGGCUGCUUCGCUACCAACUUGCUUCUUGACCGCAGCUGGUGCCAUCAUCGAGGGCCUCAAGGUCGGCUUUCCCGGUCUCUCCAAGAUCGACAACACCAACGCGCCCAAGUCCAUUCUCAUCGUCGGCGGUGGCUCAGCCGUUGGAAGCGCCGCCAUCCAGCUCUUGCGUCUCGCGCUGCCGUCCGUCACCAUCGUGGUCACCAGCUCGAAGCAUCACCACGAGCGUCUAAAGUCUCUCGGCGCAGACGCGACGCUGGAGAGAUCCGCCCAGCAGGACGGCGCCGCCCUCAAGGCCGCGUCGCCGAACGGAGCCGGUUUCGACGCCAUCCUGGACGCCGUCGGAGCUUGCCACGACACGCCUGCCGUCUUCGAGGCGAUCAGGCCCGACGGCCCGCAGUUGUACUCUCUGGUCCUUACCCGGCCUGGCGCUCAGAUCCCCAAGGGGUUCAACUCCUCGCUAGUUGGCGUGGAAAGUGCGGAGCGCGGCGCCAUGGCUUGGUUCAGCAAGCUGUUGGAAGAGCGCAAGUACAAGGUGCCCGUCGAGGCCGAGGUUGUCGGUCACGGAUGGUCUGAUAUCCCGAAGGGAAUAGCUAGGUUCCCUGCCCAGAUUAGCGGCGUGAAACUAGUCGUUACAUUGUAAAGGACAUUAUACGGAGGCGAGUCCCAUAUACUCUGGGUGAAAUGCCAAUGGUAUGAGUGCUUUAGGUAGAGCAACGCGUGAACUGAGGACC